UUAUUGUUUUCAUCCUAUAUUAAACUUUGCCUGGCUUUAGAUCUUCUGCUGCUCCUCUACCCCAUAUAAUUUUGGCGAGAAACCCAUUCAACUGAUCAAGAAACAAAGCCAAGCAACUCUUCUUGUUUUACAUACAUCACAUACACAAACAAAACCUACUUUCUUUGCCUUUUCCAGUGCCAAAAAGACUAAGUAUCCAUCUUUUCUUCAUCUGUUCUUGAAUUGCGAGAGGGAAAAGAUGAUUCAAGAGCUGUUGGGGGGGAGUAAUGUUAGCAUCAUUGGAGGGGAAAGAUCUAAACUCUCUACCCCGGUUUGUGGGGGAAUUCUUGAUGGUUCCCCUUCUCAUUCACUGCCCUCUUCUUCUCCUUCACCCUCUUCUUCUUCUACUAGUGUUGGCACCACGGCUGCCGCCGCCGCAGCCGCCGCCUCGGAGAACUUGAGGUGCCCUCGCUGUGAUUCUUCAAACACCAAGUUUUGCUACUACAACAACUACAACCUCACUCAGCCUCGCCAUUUCUGCAAGACUUGCCGACGCUACUGGACUAAGGGUGGAGCCUUGAGAAACGUCCCCAUUGGCGGCGGAUGCCGGAAAAACAAGAACACCACCAUAACCACGGCAGUCGGCAAGUCGAGCUCUGCCGGAAAGUUGAAGACAGUCUCACAGGAGCUGGGGAAAUCAGGCCUUUUCAGCGGUUUCGACCAUGCUGAGGCCCUCUCCGCAAACCCCAUACUGUGGGCCUCCUCUCAAAAUUCCCAUUUUCUUUCCUUACUCAGAGCAAACCAAAGCCCUAACCCUACUCAUCUGCCAAAUUCCAUCUCCGUGAAGGAGGAAAACGCGCUGUUUGGAUCAUCCCACUUGAGCCAAGAAUCAUCCAUUUCCAGCGGCGGGCUGAAUCCUCGGGUCAUGAGCUUGGACCCACUUGCCCCGAUCCACUUACCCUCCAUGGGGCAGUCAAAUUCCUUAUACAGAAACCAAACUCAACCCGCCCAAGCCAGUAUCAUACAUGGUGAAGUCCAGAAUAACGGGCUUCAAGAACUGUAUCAAAGGCUCAGAUCAUCGUCAUCAACCAGUUGUUACCCUGAAAAUGCACAAGUAAUUCUUGGAAAUGUGGCUUCUGCAGCUUCUUCAACUGCUUCUGCCAUUCUUGAAUCAGCUCCAGUUGCAGCACCAGGUGAAUUCGGGUUCUGGAAUCCUACAAUUUCUUGGCCCACAGAUUUGCCCACAACCAAUGGUGCUUACCCUUAAUCGAGACUCUUAAUUAUUAUCUAAUAAGUAACAUUAAAAAACUUCAAUUUUCUCUUAUAGUUUAAUCAGUUCAGAAAUUAUCAAAACUAGGGUUUGAUGUUUCUCUACUUUUACUUCCAUGUGAUGGUCAUCUGGGGUGUGGUAUAUGAACAUGACUGUAGCUUUUACUUUGUCUCUUUUAACUCAGUGGGCUUAACUGUGUGUUCUCUUUCAGUGUACUGGAAUUGUGUGGAAGGAUUAGGUUUUUAAAUUAUUAUCUUUUCCCCCUUAA